GUUGCGAAUGACGUCACUGAUCCAUUCAGUCUUGCUCUGUGUUUACUUUACCCAAGUGGAAUCAUGUUUUUACGCCCAAUUGAAAUUUAGCAUCGGAUUGGCGCUAGAUAAUCACACCUUCCGAUUAGCUGUCCAUGCACUUCGACGUGGUGUACUCGCUGUACGUGUUAUUGAGUUGUUUCCAAGUGGUCUUUUUGAGGAAUUAGCCCGUUUGGAGCAUGCAAAAGCUGAGGGGAAAAUAUCCUGGGAGCUCGUGCGAUGUGGUGCUUGUGAAUGUGAACAUACGUCUGGUGAUGAUGGCAAUUUAUCGGAUUCUGAUUCUGAGAAUAUAAAAACAAGACAAUUAAAACGAUGGACUGUGAAUGUGGUUGAUGGUUUGAGACGCCAUUUAGUCGGUAUCACGUUGAUGUGUUACUCUGUUUUGCUUUUGUACUAUAUAGUUCACACUAAACGCGAAGCCUCUAAUUUUAUCCAUGCAUUGGAUUAUUGUAAUGACGUUUUAUCGUUCGUUCCUGGUACUGGUACCUCGUUGUUUGACAGGGAAUUAGCACUUCUACAUGCACGUCAUCUCAUGGAGAACUGCAGAUUUGAUGAGUCUGAAAUCGACGAAACGGUGAAAAUUUGUUUGAUGUUGUUUGAAGAAGAGCGAAAACGGGAAUUACGCGACUCUGGACGGACGCAUUUUUUACAGAUUGUUCAUGCACCCUGUAAAGAUAAAGUAGCAUUCGGUGGAUAG